AUGCCAGAGUCCAGGACCUCCUGCCACGACCUCACGCGAUGGAAGAAGAAGCCGCCGGUGCGCCUCACGGUCAGCCAGAUCUGCCCGCCCCCGCGGCGGCCCCUGACCGUGGCCGACAUCCAACCGGGCAUGGAGAACGAGAGACUGGGGGUCGUGCGGGAUUCCAUGUUUCAGAACCCGCUCAUCGUCAAGGCUGAACUUGGGAAGCCCCGGGAAAGAAGCUGCAGUCUGCCUGGAAUUAAUUUUAAUUAUGGACUCUACCUCCGGGGGCAGGAUGGAGGGGUCCCUGAAGCCAUUGGACACUGGAAUGUAUUUAAACAGCAGCCUACCUGCCCCCAUGAGCUGAGCCGGGAUUAUAUCGCCAUGAACCGUGGGGCAGUAAAAGCUGGCCUGGUAACUGCCCGGGAGAAUUUCCAUUACCGUCAGCUCAAUGACAUCCGCAUCAGUGACCAGGAUGACCGGCGCCUCAAGAAGGAACCGCCCUCUCUCCCUCCAAAUAUGACGUACGGGAUCCGGUCACGGCCUUCCACCCCCUUCUUUGAUCUGCUGCAGCAUCGGUACCAGCAGCUGUGGGUGCAGGAACAAAAGGCCAACCAGAAAGCCAUUAAACUGGAGAAAAAGCAUAAGGUGAUCCUCGGGAACCUGUAUGAGACCCGGAGCAGUCAGCUGAGGAAGUACAAGCCGCCUGUGAAGCUGGACGCCCUCUGGCACAUGCCUCGCUUCCAGAAGGUGGGCCCCCAUCUCGAUACCUUCCCCACCGAGGCCCAUCGCCAGAGAGCCUUCAAAGCCCACCGGGAAGAGUGUGCUGUGCGCCAGGGAACCCUGCGGAUGGGCAACUACACCCACCCCUAA